UGGCGUCAGCAUUUUCUAGUCAUUUUCAGAGGUGCCGUUGUGGUGUAUUGUCUAUUGAUUCUAGGUGUGUAUGACUAAGGUUGCUUCGCAAAUAAGAGGUGUAUAUAUAAAGGAUGGCAAGAUACUACUGUAUUCUUGAUGGAGGUUGUGCAGGGGCUGUUGAUCUUGAAACUAGUAGCAUUGUAGCUAUUGGGUGUGCUAUCUGGGUGCUUGUGAUUUGGUUUCUUCAUUGAUUUUUUUUCAGUUGGUGUGCUAUCUAUUCUUUGUGUACUUCAAAUAGCUUAGUUUGGUUCCUUUAAUUGUUUAUUUUUUUCUUCUGGCUUUAUUGCUUGUGUUUUUGGUUGUCUUGAGCCAAUGUUGAGUUUGUUGUUUUGUUCAGAUGGUGGAUUUCAGGGGGUCUUUGAUUGUCGUAGUUCUUCUAGUCUUCUUUUUGAGUUUGGUUCAGGUAUUCCUUGUACCAUUUUUCUAGGGAGGAGUCUUGCUGAGUGCCGAUCUGCUUUUGGAUGGUUUUCUUAAAGGGAAAAAUUUGCAUGUGAUGCCAAAAAUCGGAGCUCAUGACACUCAGAUGGUUGUAUCAGUAACUGGAGCUACUGGUUUUAUUGGUCGAAGAUUGGUUCAAAAGUUACUUGCAGAUAAACACAAAGUUCGUGUUCUAACACGAUCCAUAACAAAGGCACGAUUUGUUUUUCCUGUGGAGAAUUUUCCGGAAAUUAUAAUUGCUGAGGAAGAAGAAUGGAAAAAAUGCAUUGAAGGGUCAAAUGCUGUUGUUAACUUGGCUGGAAUGCCCAUAAGUACAAGAUGGUCACCUGAGAUCAAAAAGGAAAUUAUGCAAAGCCGUAUUAAUGUUACCUCAAAGGUUGUAGAUUUAAUAAACCACACAAAUGCGGAAGUCCGACCUUCAGUUUUGGUCAGUGCAACAGCCAUUGGUUAUUAUGGCACAAGUGAAACUCAAGUCUUUGAUGAGACUAGUCCUUCAGGAAAUGACUACCUAUCAGAGGUUUGUAGAGAGUGGGAAACAAAGGCACAUAACGUGGAUAAUGGUGUUAGAUUGGUACUUAUUCGUAUUGGUGUCGUUCUUGGCAAAGAUGGAGGUGCUCUGGCAAAAAUGAUUCCCCUUUUCAUGAUGUUUGCUGGUGGACCGUUAGGCACUGGAAAUCAAUGGUUUUCCUGGAUACAUCUGGAUGACUUGGUGAACCUCAUAUGUCAAUCUUUGACAAAUCCUUCUUAUAAAGGUGUAAUCAAUGGAACUGCUCCAAACCCAGUUCGGUUGUCCGAGAUGUGUGACCAACUAGGCCAAGUUAUAGGCCGGCCUUCUUGGCUGCCUGUACCAGAUUUUGCAAUCAAAGCAGUCCUUGGGGAAGGUGCCUCUAUUGUUUUGGAAGGACAAAGAGUGCUGCCUGCAAAGGCGAAGGAGUUGGGUUUCUCAUAUAAAUAUCCAUAUGUCAAAGAUGCACUGAAGGCCAUUGUUAGGGAGCUGUAGUUAGGCCAUUACUUGGAUGCAGUGUCAUUUAAUUUAUUCUUUCUUUGAAGCUUAGCUGGUUCAAUUCUUUGAGCAGAUCUUCCAUUUAUGCAAUCUCCAUCCUGAAGACAAUCAACAAGAGGUGCCUCUUUAAUGUUUGCCCCUUCUGUGAAAUAUAACAUUAUGGUA